UAGCCCUCCGUCGUCCACAUGAUCUCGCCUCGUUCGGACGCAGGCGGCGAAGAGCUGAGCUCGUCAGCUCGAUCGCCGGUAUAAAUUGGCCACCAGGCACCGACACGAAGUGAACUCACAAGUCACAAGCGUGAGGAAAUAUCCCAAAUUCCCAAGGCAUUAGCAUGGCGCAUCAGGGGCAGCUGGUGCAGGAGGUAGCCGCCGGUGGCCUCGCCGCGCCACCGAGCAGGUACGUGCUGAGGGAGAAGGACCGCCCAACUGGUGGCGGCAGCGCGGCGGCGGAGCUUCUGGACUUCCCCACCGUUGACGUGCAGCGCCUGGCCGAGCCCGGCGACGUCGAGGAGGUCGCCAAGCUCCAAGCGGCGCUCGAAUCAUGGGGCCUCUUCGCGGUGACCGGCCAUGGCAUCCCGGAGGCGCUCCUCGACGACAUCCGCGAAGCCACAAGGGAGUUCUUCCACCUGCCGUCAGAGGAGAAGCUCAAGUACGCCAAUCAGACCGACGGCGGCGAGUUCCAGAACGAAGGCUACGGCAUCGACCGCGUGGACUCCGACGAGCAGAUCCUAGACUGGUGCGACCGGUUCUACCUCCAGGUCCAGCCGGAGGAGAUGCGGCAGCUGCGGCUCUGGCCCAGCCGCCCGCCGUCCCUCGGGAAGCUCCUGCACGAGUACACGCUGCGGAGCGAGCUGGUGGCCAGGCAAGUGCUCAGGGCCAUGGCGAGGGCCCUGGGCUUCGAGGAGGAGUUCUUCGCCGGCCGCCGCGUCGGCGAGCAGGUGGCCUCGUACGCGCGCUUCACCGACUAUCCGCCGUGCCCGCGGCCAGAGACCGACAACUCCGUGAUCACCACCCUCCUCCUGGACCCCGACGUCGGCGGCCUCCAGGUGCUCAGGGGCGGGCGGUGGGUCGGCGUGCCCGUGCUCGGCCGCGGCGAGCUGCUGCUGGUCGUCGGCGACGAGAUGGAGAUCAUGAGCAACGCGGCGUUCCGGGCGCUGACGCACCGCGUGGUGGCGAGCGGCAGGGAGAGGAUGUCGCUGGUGCUCUUCUACCAGCCGGAGCCGCACCGGGACCUGGAGCCCGCGGCGGAGCUGGUGGACGCGGCGCGGCCGGCGCGGUACAGGAGGCUCGGCGUCAAGGACUUCGGCGACGGGUUCUGGGACGCGUUCGCGCUCGGCGAGCCCACCAUCGACUUCCUCGACGCCAGGGUCGGCAAGGAGGCGGCGGCCGUCUCCGGCGCUUGAUAUGAAGCCGACGAUGAUGUUUUGGUCGCAUGGAUCCCGGCAGACUCGCCCAAACUGAUGAGACGAACUAUCCAGAAUAAUCUCUGCAUGUAAAAAGUUUGUAAACUAGGAGUCGAGCGAGUCCUCUGCAGAGCUUGCUUUGUUAGUGCGGUUUGUGUUGAGGGUGAUGCAUGGAACAGCGACACUUUUGCGUCGAGAAAAAAAAAAGACUUCCCCCAUUUCAAAUUACAUAUGUUGUUUUGAUUUUCCAUGGGAAAAAAAGACUUCCCUCAUUUCAAAUAAAUUACAUGUCGUUUUGAUUUUC